ACAAAAAGUUCGCGAGACCAAAAACAAAAUUCAUUAUUAACAGCAAAAAAAAAAAAAGGUCAGAUCCCUAAAAAUCGAACCCGACCAUGGUCUUUCAUGUAGCUUGUCCAAUCACUUGCCGGAAAAUUUGUGACUGCUUGUUGGGGUUUCCUCGGAAUCUUUACCGCAAAGAAGUCAAGGAUGUGUUCCUCAACGACAUCCACUCUCUCCAAAUGUUCCUGCGAGACCCUUUCGAUGCUGGUGGUGUUUUCAAGGACGGUACCGUUCAGAUCCACGUGCCUAGAGAUGUUGUUGCGGUUGGGGAGGACUCGGAGGUGAAGGUUGAGGCAUCGACGCAAGGCAAACGCAAUGUGGUGCUGCUGAAGAAGAAGAAGGUAGCUGAGGAUUCUACUGCGAAUCCUGACUAUGACAACUUAAUGGUUCCUGUCACGGAGAUCAUUGGAGAAGACCAUGACCAUCACAGUGCAAGUAUUACAUGUCACAUGUGCUAUAUGGUUGAAGUUGGGAAGAGUGAGAGAGCAAAGAUGCUUUCUUGCAAAUGCUGUGGGAAGAAGUAUCAUAGAAACUGCUUGAAGACUUGGGCUCAACAUAGAGAUUUAUUUAAUUGGAGCUCUUGGGCUUGCCCCUCUUGCCGAACCUGUGAGGGAUGUGGAACUUCAGGGGAUCCAAAGAAGUUGAUGUUCUGCAAAAGAUGUGACGAUGCUUAUCAUUGUGAUUGCCAACAACCUCGACACAAGACUGUUGCUUCUGGACCAUAUCUGUGUCAUAAACACACCAAAUGUUACAGCUGUGGGUCUAAAGUCCCUGGGAAUGGCCAGAGCUUACGGUGGUUUUUGGGCCAUACUUGCUGUGAUGCUUGUGGAAGGCUGUUUGUUAAGGGAAACUAUUGUCCUGUAUGUUUGAAGGUUUACAGGGACUCGGAAGCAACACCAAUGGUGUGUUGUGACUUCUGCCAGCGCUGGGUUCAUUGCACCUGUGAUGGAAUCAGCGAUGAGAGGUAUAUGCAGUUUCAAGUGGAUGGGCAUCUUCAAUACAAAUGUUCUACCUGUCGCGGAGAAAGCUACCAGAUCAAGGAUCUUGAGGAUGCUGCACAGGAAAUUUGGAAGCGAAAAGAUAUUGAUGAAAAAGAUCUAAUUGCUAGCCUGAGAGCUAGUGCACUAAGGAAAACUGGUGGUGCCCCUCUUAUCAAUCAGUCUGGUUCUGUCGAAAGAAAAGUUGCUGAAAAAGUUGUGGUCAGUGGUAAAGAAGAGAAGCCAUUGAGAGUUGUCAGGAUAAAAAGCAGAAGGCAUCAGGAUUCAGAUAAUGAGAAACACUCUUCAGAGCCGAACCCUGUGAAGGCAAAGAAACUGGUGAUAAGAAGUAUAGGCACUCGAAAGGCAGAAGUUACAAACCCGAUGAGCUGCGAUGUAUCAAAGCAUGCCUCCAAAUCCAACGGAAAGCAUGGGGAAUUAGAAUCAGAAGAAACGACUUCAGAGCAACAACGGAGCUUGUUAGGAAAGUGUAACGAAGAAAAGAGAGUGUCUCAAGAUGAGGUAGACACUUGUAAGGUUAGAGGAGGUAUAAAUGGUGGACAACAAGAGUUGUUGCAGAAAGAUUCAAGACCAUUGCUGAAACUGAAAAUAAAGAAGCAUAAUCCGGAGAGCCAAGAACAACGAGAAGCACCAAGGAUUGUCUACGAGAGAAGUAAGUCUAGGAAAGGGCAUAGGUCUAAGAGAAAGAGAGGAUCACCUCCAACAGCUGAAAAAUCAGGGUUCAACGAAGAUGAAGAUGUGUCACUUUCACGUGAAGAGAGUUUGUUGGAUGCUAGUUGGAUUCUGAAGAAAUUGGGGGAGGAUGCAAAAGGCAAAAAAGUUCAAAUACACGAUGACUCAGAUGAUUCAUGGGAGAAAGGAGUGGUGAGUGAAGUAGCAGGAGAUGGAGGCGCAUCGAAGUUAACGGUGAGGCUUGAGAAUGGAGAAGUAAAGACAGUGGAGCUAGGAAAGCAAGGGGUUAGAUUCAUUCCUCAGGAGCAAAAGAGGACGAGGACGUGAGGAGGCUUUAUCCACAUUUGGAACAACAUUCAACUUCUUUAGAUUAUGUUUGUAGAAAAAAAAAACAUUUUGAAACGAGAUUAGCUCCCUUUUUCUUUUACUUAUUAGGCUAAACGUGACUAGACUAGCUUCUCUUAUUUGCAUCUGUGAUAAAAUACACAGUGAAAGAAAUGGUUGGUAUAAGAUUUUUCAAAAGAUU